UAUGCUUACAGUCUUGACCAACCUCCUCGCCAUACAUGCACAUUAGAGUUUUCUCAUUUCAAUGGCAGUUUCUGAAGAGCGACCACCUUUCUCCUCGGUGAUCAAGUCGUAAAACGCCCUGAAGGAUCACAUUUGUUCACCAUGUUCGAAGCACAUGUUCUACAUUUGCUUCGAAGAUAUCUGGGUGAAUAUGUCCAUGGACUAUCAGCAGAGGCAUUGCGAAUUAGUGUGUGGAAAGGUGAUGUGGUUCUCAAAGACUUGAAGUUAAAGGCAGAGGCACUGAACUCAUUGAAACUACCAGUCACUGUCAAAGCUGGUUUUGUUGGCACUAUAACUCUAAAGGUUCCAUGGAAAGGCCUUGGGAAGGAGCCUGUUAUUGUUCUCAUUGAUAGAGUUUUUAUUCUUGCUCAUCCUGCUAUUGUUGGUAGGUCUCUUAAGGAAGAGGACCGGGAGAAACUCUUUGAGGCCAAACUACAACAAAUCGAGGAAGCAGAAUCGGCCACCCUUGAAGCGCUAUCAAGGUCAAAGCUCGGAGGAAAUCCAGCUGCUGGAAAUUCCUGGCUGGGAUCAUUAAUUGCAACUAUAAUUGGAAACCUCAAAAUCACAAUUAGCAAUGUUCAUGUCAGAUAUGAGGAUUCUGUCAGCAAUCUCGGGCAUCCAUUCUCUUGUGGUGUUACUCUUGCAAAGCUUGCUGCAGUUACGAUGGAUGAGAAAGGCAAUGAAACAUUUGAUACAAGCGGUGCUUUAGAUAGAUUACGCAAGUUGGUUCAACUUGAAAGGCUUGCUGUGUACCAUGAUACAAACAGUGACCCCUGGAAGUUUGAUAAGAAAUGGGAGGAUCUUACUCCUGUAGAAUGGAUUGAGAUCUUUGAAAAUGGCAUUAAUGAAUCAAUGAAGAACAAUACAACUGUGUCUGCAUGGGCUAGGGAGCGUAAUUACUUGGUAUCUCCAGUCAAUGGAGUCCUUAAGUAUCAUCGUUUGGGGAACCAAGAAAGAAAUGAUACUAAUGUUCCUUAUGAGCAGGCUUCCCUGAUUGUCAGUGAUGUUUCUUUGAUGGCUACAGAGUCACAGUAUCAUGACUGGAUCAGACUUGUGGAGGCUAUUGCAAAAUAUAAGGCAUAUGUAGAAGUAUCUCAUUUAAGACCAAUGAUUCCAGUUUUUGAGAGACCUAGUUUAUGGUGGCGUUAUGCUGCCCAAGCUGGAUUGCAGCAGAAGAAAAUGUGUUAUAGAUUCUCUUGGGAUCAAAUUCAGUAUCUGUGUAAUUUGCGCCGGCGUUAUGUACAGUUGUAUGCUGAAUCAUUGCAACAGCUGUCUCAUGUUGAUAACUCCAAGUUAAGAAGCAUUGAGAAGGAUCUUGAUCCAAAGGUCAUUCUAUUGUGGAGGUUCCUUGCCCAUGCAAAAGUGGAAUCUGUCAAAUCAAAGGAAGCAGCUGAACAAAGACAUCUUAGAAACAGAAGCUGGUUUUCAUUUACAUGGCGGGCUUCUUCUGAAGAUGUCUCAGCUGGGGAGACUUCUGAGGAAUCAAAAUCUGUAGAGGAUAGAUUGACCAAGGAGGAAUGGCAAGCUAUCAAUAAAUUGCUCAGUUACCAGCCAGAUGAGGAUGUGACACUGCAACAUGGAAAGGAGAUGCAAAAUACGAUAAACUAUUUGAUCAAUGUUUCUAUUGGUAGGGCAGCAGCAACGAUUAUCAAUGUUGAUCAGACAGAAAUUCUUUGUGGCAGAUUUGAAAAUCUUAAUGUGUCGACUAAGUUAAAGCAUCGAACCAUACACUGUGACGUCUCAUUAAAGUUUUAUGGACUGUCUGCUCCUGAGGGUUCGCUUGCUCAGAGUGUCUGUAGUGAGCGAAAAGUGAAUGCAUUAGAAGCUAGUUUUGUGCAUUCACCAUCUGGAGAAAAUGUUGAUUGGAGGCUAUCUGCAAGAAUUUCUCCCUCUCAUGUCACAGUUUUCAUGGAAAGUUAUGAUCGGUUCUUAGACUUUGUAAAGCGGAGCAAUGCAAUUAGCCCAGCUGUUGCACUAGAAACUGCAACUGUGCUCCAGAAUAAAAUUGAAAAAAUGACUCGGAGAGCUCAGGAGCAAUUUCAAAUGGUAUUGGAAGAGCAGAGCAGAUUUGCUCUUGAUAUCGACCUGGAUGCUCCAAAAGUUAGAGUUCCUAUGAGAUCACAUCUCUCCUCUAAAUGUGAUAGCCAUCUCCUUUUGGACUUUGGCCAUUUUACUUUGCAAACGAAGGAGGAUGGCCAAUCCCAAGACCAGGGACAAAGUUUGUAUUCUCGUUUUUUUAUCUCAGGAAGAGAUAUAGCAGCAUUUUUUACAGAUUGUGGUUCAGAUAAUCAGACCUGCUCUUUGGCAUGUCAACCUUCUGAUUCUCCAAGUUUGGAAGAUGCCAAUAAUGUAUAUUUUCUUGUUGAUAGAUGUGGAAUGGCUGUAAUUGUAGAUCAGAUUAAAAUUCCCCAUCCCAGCCAUCCUUCAACACGUGUCUCUGUUCAAGUUCCAACUAUUGGAGUUCACUUUUCACCUGCCAGACUUUGCAGAUUGAUGGAAUUGUUAAAGAUACUCUAUCAUACAAUUCCAGAUGCUGAACAGCUUCCUACUGUUGAAAAUACUGAAGCUGAACUUUCUCCCUGGCAUUCACCAGAUCUAGCAACUGAUGCUCGGAUCCUUGUAUGGAAGGGGAUUGGGUACUCUGUUGCUGCCUGGCAAUCAUGUUAUCUUGUGCUAUCGGGAUUGUAUCUUUAUGUCUUAGAGUCUGAGGGGUCCCGUACUUACCAAAGAUGCUCAAGCAUGGCUGGUAAACAAGUGCUUGAAGUUCCCCUGACAAAUGUUGGGGGUUCCGCUUCCUGUAUUGCUGUUAGUGCCAGGGGCAUGGAUCUACAGGAGGCCUUGGAGUCAUUUAGCACACUGAUAAUAGAGUUUCAAGAUGAAGAGGAGAAAACUACUUGGUUGAGAACACUUGUACAAGCUACCUAUCGAGCUUCUGCUCCUCCAUCAGUUAGUAUACUUGGAGAACUAAAUGAUGAUGCAUUAGAACUUGCUGAGGCUCGUGCUAUAAAUACAAAGAUGGCUGAACUUGUUGUUAAUGGAACAUUAGUAGAGAUGAAGCUAUCAUUGUAUGGGAAGACAGGAGAUGAGAUAGAAGAUAGAGAUGACGAGACACUAAUCCUUGAGGUUCUUGCAGCUGGUGGAAAGGUGCAUGUUUCACAAUGUAGUGGUGACCUAACAGUAAAGGUGAAAUUGCACUCACUGAAAAUUAAGGACGAACUUCAAUAUUCUUCAUCUUCAAGUCCGCAAUACUUGGCCUGCUCUGUUCUGACAGACAACUCUGCAAUUACCUCACCUGAUACAAUUGAAUCUCAUGGCAAAGAGAUGGCUUUCAUGACAAGGGAAGAGGAUGAUGAAUUCACGGAUGCCUUACAAGAUUUCUUAUCAUUGCCUGAUAAUGGCGAAGCCGUUACCCCGGAGAAGGAUUCAAUGAAGGGAAGAAGUGCCUUUGGUGAUGUAUUCUACGAAACAGAGGGCUCCGAUGACUCUGAUUUCGUCUCUCUUUCAUACUUAACACGACAUCCUAGCUCUCCUGACUAUGAUGGUAUAGAUACACAGAUGAGUAUUAGUAUGUCCAAGUUGGAAUUCUUUUGCAACAGACCUACUCUUGUUGCUUUGAUCAAUCUUGCCGUUGAUAUGAGUUCUAAAGGUAGUGAAGUUACUGGUAAAAACGUCACAAAAGAUCCCGAUAAUGAAUCCUCUAUGAAUAAAGAGAAGAUAGAAGAUCAUGGGCAUAAAUAUGUCAGAGGUUUGCUGGGAUAUGGAAAAGGUCGUGUUGUAUUUAAUUUGAACAUGAAUGUUGACAGUGUUGCAGUUUUCCUUAAUAAAGAGGAUGGUUCUCAGCUUGCAAUGUUGGUGCAAGAAAGUUUUCUGCUUGAUGUUAAGGUUCAUCCUAGUUCAACUUCAAUAGAAGGCACUCUAGGAAACUUCCGACUUUGUGAUCUGACACUAGGGUCAAAUCAGCGAUGGGGAUGGCUUUGUGAUAUACGCAAUCAAGAGUCGGAAUCACUUAUUCAGUUUGCAUUUAACUCUCACAAUUCCGAAGAUGAUGAUUAUGAAGGGUAUGAUUAUAGCUUACGUGGCCGACUUUCAGCAGUUCGAAUUGUUUUCCUGUAUAGAUUUGUUCAAGAGAUUACUGCAUAUUUUAUGGGGCUUGCCGCUCCACAUACUGAGGAAGCUAUUAAGCUCGUUGAUAAAGUUGGAGGGAUUGAGUGGUUGAUAGAAAAAUAUGAGAUUGAUGGAGCCUCUGCAGUAAAGCUGGAUCUUUCACUGGACACUCCUCUAAUAAUUGUACCAAGGAAUUCCACAAGCGAAGAGUUCAUGCAACUUGAUCUUGGCCAUCUUCGAAUUGAAAAUGAAGUUAGCUGGAUUGGAUCUCCUGAAAAAGAUCCUUCUGCAGUCCAUGUUGAUGUUCUUGAUGCUGAGAUUCUAGGUAUUAAUAUGGCUGUUGGAAUUAAUGGAUGUAUUGGCAAACCAAUGAUACGUGAAGGCAGAGACAUUCAUGUUUAUGUGCGCCGCAGUCUACGGGAUGUGUUCCGAAAGGUCCCUACAUUUGCAUUGGAAGUUAAGAUUGGCUUGCUACAUGCUGUGAUGUCAGCUAAGGAAUACAAUGUUAUUCUAGAUUGUAUCAGCAUGAACUUCUCUGAGCCACCUAGACUUCCACCUGUUUUCCGUAGCAACAAAUCUACUUCAAAAGAUACAAUACGGUUGCUAGCUGAUAAAAUGAACAUGAAUAGUCAAAUACUCCUGUCACGGACAGUUACUAUAAUGGCUGUUGAAGUGGGUUAUGUCUUGCUGGAGUUAUGCAAUGGCGUCCAUGAGGAAUCACAUUUAGCUCAUGUUGCUCUUGAAGGCCUUUGGGUGUCAUACCGCAUGACUUCUUUGUCUGAAGCUGAUCUUUAUGUUACAAUCCCCAUGUUCUCUAUUUUAGAUAUUCGCCUUGAUACAAAACCUGAAAUGCGUCUGAUGCUUGGAUCAUGCACUGAUGUUCAUAAACAGAUGUCACCUGAUGUGCAUGUUGAGCUUCCAACCUCAACAAUGUUUUUGAUGGAUUGUCGAUGGCGAAUGUCAUCAAAAUCAUUUGUUGUUCGGAUUCAGCAGCCUCGUAUUCUAGUUGUUCCUGAUUUCUUACUUGCUGUCUGUGAGUAUUUUGUUCCAUCUUUGGGAACAAUAACUGGUCGGGAAGAAAUGAUGGAUCCUAAAAAUGAUCCAAUUGUAAAGAACAGCAGCAUAGUUCUGUCUGCUCCAUUUUACAAACAGACAGAAGAUAUAGUGCACUUAUCCCCUAGUAGGCAGUUAGUAGCUGAUGCUGUAGGUAUUGAUGAAUACACAUAUGAUGGUUGCGGAAAAACCAUUCGCCUCACCAAUGAGGAGGUGAAAGAAUUCCAUUCUUCCGAAGCUAAAUAUAUUAUCAUUGUUGGAAGGGGCAAGAGGUUGAGAUUUGUGAAUGUGAAAUUUGAGAAUGGCUUGCUAUUAAUGAGGUAUACAUAUUUAAGCAAUGAUAGCAGCUACUCUGUGUCCCAAGAAGAUGGUGUUGAAAUUUUGCUGGUAGAGAGUGAUAUUAAUAGUAGUGAGAAUAGUCCCAAGAACAUGGAUGAAUUUUUCUAUACUUCUGAUGCUUCAGACGCUGUCCAGAGUGGGGCAAGCGAGGUGCAAAGCUAUAGUUUUGAAGCGCAGGUUGUUUCUCCUGAAUUCACUUUUUAUGACAGUAGCAAGUCAUCAUUUGACAAUUCAUCGUGUGGUGAAAAGCUUCUUCGAGCAAAAGUGGACUUUAGCUUCAUGUAUGCUGCAAAGGAAAAUGAUAGAUGGAUUCGGGGUCUCUUGAAGGAUCUCACUGUUGAGGCUGGUUCUGGGCUCAUCAUUCUUGAUCCAGUGGACAUUUCUGGUGGAUAUACCUCUGUCAAGGACAAGACAAAUAUAUCUUUAAUCUCCACAGAUAUAUAUGCCCAUCUCUCUCUAGGUGUUAUCUCCCUUUUACUCAAUUUGCAAAUUCAGUUAGCAACAACACUACAAUUUGGAAAUGCCGAUCCUCUUUCCCCUUGUACUCAUUUUGAUCGCAUUUGGGUGUCUCCUAAAGAAAAUGGGCUCCUUAACAAUAUUACGUUUUGGAGGCCUAGAGCUCCUCCAAACUAUGUCAUCCUGGGAGACUGUGUGACCUCAAGGCCAAAUCCUCCUUCUCAAGCUGUUGUGGCCAUUAGCAAUACAUAUGGGCGUGUGCGUAAGCCUCUUGGUUACAAGCUCAUAGGCAUAUUUUCUGGAAUACAAGGACCAGUUGGGACACAAGUUUGUGCAGGUGCAGAUGAUGAUUGUUCUCUUUGGCUGCCAAUUGCACCACCUGGAUAUGUGGCAGUGGGGUGUGUUGCUCACAUAGGAAGCCAACCGCCUCCAAGUCACAUUGUUCAUUGCAUACGUCUUGAUCUUGUAACAUCAACAACAUAUUCGGAAUGCAUAUUCAAUGCUGCUGUGAGUGCUUCAUUUAUAUCUGGGUAUAGCAUAUGGCGCUUGGAUAAUGCUCUUGGGUCAUUUUAUGCACAUCCAUCUACUGAAUAUCCUCCAAAAGACUCCUCUUUUGAUCUGAAUCAUCUUCUCCUUUGGAACUCAAGUUGGUACAAUUCUUCCUCAAUACAUCCUUCCCCUGAUCUUACUUUUGAGCAUGAGCGCAUGCAACCAAAUGCAACUUCAGGAUGGGAUAUCAUCAGAUCAAUUUCUAAAGCAACCUCUUAUUAUAUAUCAACUCCAAAUUUUGAGAGAAUCUGGUGGGACAGGGGUAGUGAUCUUCGACGGCCAGUUUCCAUAUGGAGACCUAUAACACGUCCAGGUUACGCAGUGCUGGGUGACUGCAUAACUGAGGGCCUAGAGCCACCUCCCUUGGGUAUGAUAUUUAAGGCUGACAAUCCUGAAAUUUCAUCAAAUCCUGUGCAAUUUACAAAGGUGGCCAAUAUUGCGGUAAAAGGUCUGGAAGAAGCUUUCUUUUGGUAUCCAGUUGCUCCUCCUGGUUAUGCUACCUUAGGGUGUGUAGUGACACGACAUGAUGAAGCACCUCCUCUAGAAUCUUUCUGCUGUCCAAGGAUGGAUCUUGUGAGUGGAUCUAAUAUUGUUGAGAUUCCAAUCUCAAGAUCAUCAAGCUCCAAGACUUCUCAAUGCUGGAGCAUUUGGAAAGUUGAGAAUCAGGCCUGCACAUUUCUUGCGCGACCUGAUCUGAAAAAGCCUUCAACUAGGCUGGCUUUUGCCAUCGGUGAUUCAGUGAAGCCCAAAACAAGAGACAAUGUGACAGCUGAGAUGAAAAUAAGAUGUUUUUCUAUUACCUUUUUGGACAGCUUAUGUGGAAUGAUGACACCACUUUUUGAUGUCACAAUCACAAAUCUCAAACUUGCAACACAUGGUCGGAUGGAAGCAAUGAAUGCUGUACUCAUUUCUUCAAUAGCUGCAUCAACUUUCAACACACAUCUAGAGGCAUGGGAACCACUUGUAGAGCCAUUUGAUGGAAUAUACAAAUUUGAGACGUAUGAAACAAAUCUUCAUUCACCAUCAAAUCUUGGCAAAAGAAUACGCAUUGCAGCAACCAGUAUCUUAAAUAUAAAUAUUAGUGCAGCAAAUCUUGGCACCUUGGCACAGACUGUCGAUUCUUGGAGGAAACAGAGGGAACUUGAACAAAAAGCCCUCAAGUUACUUGAGGAAGCUCUUGGUCAUGACACAGAUCAUCAGAGUUCAACUUUUUCAGCAUUGGAUGAGGAUGAUUUUCAGACUUUGGUUGUAGAAAAUAAACUUGGAUGUGAUAUGUAUUUGAAAAAAGUGGAAGAGCACUCAGAUGCAGUUGAAUUACUAGCUCCUGAUUCUUCUGCCUCUGUGUGGAUUCCACCUCCAAGGUUUUCUGAUAGAUUAAAUGUUACUGAAGAAUCAAGGGAACAUCGACAUUAUGUUACUGUUCAUAUUGUUGAAGCAAAGUGUUUGCCUGUUGUUGAUGACGGCAAUAGUCAUAACUUCUUCUGUGCGUUACGCUUGGUUGUGGAGAGUCAGGAUACAAGUCAGCAAAAAGUUUUUCCUCAGAGUGCCAGAACCAAAUGUGUGAAACCAUUAAUUGCUAAAAGAAAUGGUCAGGAUGAGGGUAUGGCUAAAUGGAAUGAACUAUUUAUAUUUGAAGUUCCCCGGAAGGGUCUGGCCAAGUUGGAAGUGGAGGUAACAAAUCUUGCUGCAAAGGCUGGAAAAGGUGAAGUUGUGGGUGCAUCUUCAUUUUCAGUUGGACAUGGUUCUGGUGUUUUGAAGAAGAUUGCUUCUGUCAGAAUGCUGCAUUCAACAUCUGAUGCUGAGAAAAUUGUGUGCCAUCCACUGAAAAGAAGGGGUCAGCUGAACAAUGACGCAGAUUCUCGUGGAUGGCUUUUUAUUUCCACCUCAUACUUUGAAAAGAAAACAAUGGUAAACUUCCAAAAUGACAAAAGAGGCAAGGAUGAUAGUGAUGGUGAUAUAGGUUUUUGGGUGGGGCUUAAUGCAUAUGGUCCAUGGGAGAGUAUUCGCUCAUUUCUUCCGCUGUCAGUAAUCACCAAAGAAAUGAAAGAUGACUAUGUAGCUGUAGAGGUUGUUACCAAGAAUGGGAAAAAACAUGCAAUUUUCAGAGGACUUGCUACGGUAACCAAUGAUUCAGAUAUCAAACUGGAAAUUUCAUCAUGUGAUGUGUCCAUGAUUAACCCUCAAGAACACAGAAGAAAGCAAAUUAAGGAGAAGGGAACAAGUGGCAUAAAUGACAUUUUCUUGAGUCCUGGUUCUUCCUCUGUUUUACCUUGGAAAUGCACUUCUAAGGAUUCUAAUCAUUGUUUACAAGUUCGUCCUUGCCUUGAUCAUUCUCAGACUCCUUAUGCAUGGGGCAAUCCUGUUGUCCUGGGCUCUGCCUAUGUACUUGGAAAGGACCAACCUUCAGUUGAGCAAGGCACACUAUCAAGACAAAAUACUUUGAGACAGGGAAACAGGCUACAUGUUUCUCCUUUGAAGCUUAAUCAGCUUGAAAAAAUGGAUCUACUUCUCUGUUGCCCUGAUGCUACUGGUAAACAUUAUUGGCUCUGCAUUGGCACAGAUGCUUCAGUUCUUCACACGGAGCUAAACGCCCCUGUCUAUGAUUGGAAAAUAUCAGUUAGCUCCCCUCUGAAGUUGGAAAAUCGACUUCCUUGUGGAGCUGAGUUCAGAAUUUGGGAAAAACUCAAAGAUGGAAGCAAUGUAGAGCGUCAUCGUGGUUGUCUUUCAUCUCGUGAAAGCAUGCACAUUUAUUCUGCUGAUAUAAGGAAUCCUCUCUAUCUUAUGUUGUUUCUUCAAGGUGGUUGGGUUUUGGAAAAGGAACCUGUUUUGGUUUUGGAUCUUACAAGUAAUAGUCAUGCUUCAUCGUUUUGGAUGGUCCAGCAGCAUAGAAAAAGGACAUUGCGUGUAAGUAUUGAACGUGACAUGGGAGGGACAACUGCUGCUCCCAAAACCAUAAGGUUCUUUGUUCCAUAUUGGAUUAGCAAUGAGUCCUACUUGUCUUUGGCAUAUCGAGUUGUUGAAAUUGAACCAGUGGAAAGUGCAGAUGUAGAUUCACAUGUGCUUUCAAGAACUUCCAAGUCUGCUAGAUUUUCAUCGAGAGGUUCAUCUACUUCGUUUGGCAGGAAGCAGAUAGGUCCUAGAAAAACCAUUCUAGUGCUUGAUAUUAUUGAAGAUACUAGUCCGAUUCCCAGCAUGCUUUCUCCACAAGAUUACGUUGGCCGUGGUGGGGUGGUGCUGUUUUCAUCUCGUAAUGAUGCGUAUCUUUCUUCACGGGUGGGCAUUUCUGUUGCUAUUCAAAACUCUGAAAACUUCAGUCCUGGUAUCUCUCUUCUUGAACUAGAAAAGAAGCAACGAGUUGAUAUCAAGGCCUUUGGUCCAGAUGGGUAUUAUUACAAGCUUUCUGCUGUAUUGCAUAUGACAUCAGACAGGACAAAGGUUGUCCAUUUUCAACCGCACACUUUAUUUAUUAAUAGGCUUGGCUGCAACAUAUGCCUCUGUCAGAGCAAUUCUGAGUUGUGUGAAUGGAUCCAUCCAACUGAUCCUCCAAAACAUUUUGCAUGGCAACAUAAUAAAGUUGAAUUGUUGAAGAUAAGGCUGGAUGGAUACCAAUGGAGUUCACCAUUUAGUGUUGGCUCUGAAGGUUUGAUGUCUAUUUGCCUGAGAAGUGAGACUGGAAGUGACCUAAUACAUGUUAGGGUUGAAGUAAGAAGCAGUUCAAAAGACUCACGCUUUGAAGUAGUAUUCCGACCAAAGUCAUUCUCAAGUCCUUACAGGAUUGAAAAUCGCUCUUUAGUUUUGCCUAUACGUUUUCGACAAUUGGAUGGUGCAAAUGAUGCGUGGAGAGUUAUUCUUCCUAAUGCUUCUGCUUCUUUCUCAUGGGAAGAUCUCGGUCGACAUAGAUUGCUUGAGCUCUUGAUAGAAGGGAAUGAACCUGCUUCUACAAAAAAAUACAAUAUUGAUGAGAUAUCUGAUCAUCAGCCUGUCCAUACAACUGAAAGACCUGAGAAAGCUUUGCGUGUUACUGUCCUAAAAGAGGAGAAAAUGAAUGUUGUUCGAAUCAGUGAUUGGAUGCCAGUAAAUGACAUCCCUACUAAUUUAAGUAGAACUCCUUCAUUGUCACAAAUCUCUGGCAAUUCUCCUUCUCAGCAAUCAAUAUACACCUCAGACUCCGAGUUUCAUGUUAUUGUUGAGGUUGCAGAGCUUGGACUAUCUAUUAUUGAUCAUACGCCAGAAGAAAUAUUAUAUCUGUCCGUGCAGAGUCUUCUGCUAUCUUAUUCAACUGGACUGGGUUCUGGAGUUAGCCGCCUAAAAGUAAGAAUGCACCGGAUUCAGGUUGACAAUCAGUUGCCUUUAAGUCCAAUGCCAGUUCUCUUCCGUCCACAAAGAAUUGAAGAGCACACUGAUUAUAUCUUGAAGUUUUCCUUGACACAGCAGUCUAGUGGAUCACUGGAUUUGUGUGUGUAUCCCUAUAUUGGUUUCCAAGGACCUGAAAAUUCUGCUUUUUUAAUCAACAUUCAUGAACCAAUAAUAUGGCGCCUUCAUGGGAUGAUUCAACAAGCUAACCUUAGUAGGUUAUUUGAUACACAAACUACUUCUGUUUCUGUUGAUCCCAUCAUUCAAAUUGGUGUUUUUAACAUCUCGGAAUUUCGAAUCAAAGUCUCGAUGGUCAUGUCCCCAACACAACGUCCAGUGGGUGUUCUAGGGUUUUGGUCAAGCUUGAUGACUGCACUUGGGAAUACCGAAAAUAUGCCGGUCCGCAUAAAUCAAAGAUUUCUGGAAAAUGUCUUGAUGAAGCGUAGUGUUCUUGUUGGUAAUGCUAUUGCAAACAUUAAAAAGGAUCUACUUAGCCAGCCUCUCCAGUUGCUCUCUGGUGUUGAUAUACUUGGCAAUGCAAGUAGUGCACUCGGACACAUGAGUAAAGGUGUUGCUGCCUUGUCAAUGGAUAAAAAAUUCAUCCAAAGUCGACAAAAACAGGAAAGCAAAGGUGUUGAGGAUUUUGGUGAUGUCAUUAGAGAAGGUGGAGGAGCUCUUGCAAAAGGCCUUUUUCGUGGUGUCACUGGCAUUUUAACUAAGCCCCUUGAGGGAGCAAAAGCUUCAGGGGUUGAGGGUUUUGUUCAGGGUGUUGGAAAAGGAUUAAUUGGUGCUGCUGCUCAACCUGUUAGUGGUGUUUUGGAUCUUUUGUCAAAAACCACAGAAGGUGCCAAUGCUAUGAGAAUGAAAAUAGCGUCAGCUAUUGCUUCAGAGGAUCAACUCCUUCGGAGGAGGCUACCUCGAGUGAUUAGUGCUGAUAAUCUGCUUCGGCCAUAUGAUGAGUACAAAGCACAAGGGCAGGUAAUAUUGCAAUUAGCAGAAUCUGGAUCAUUCUUUGGCCAGGUUGACCUUUUCAAAGUGCGAGCAAAGUUUGCCUUGACAGAUGCUUAUGAAGACCACUUCAUGCUCCCUAAAGGAAGAAUUAUUGUUAUUACACAUCGGAGAGUUUUACUAUUGCAACAAACUUCAAACCUUAUUGCGCAGAAGAAGUUUAAUCCUGCAAGAGACCCAUGUUCAGUAUUGUGGGAUGUCCUGUGGGAUGAUUUGGUGACAAUGGAAUUGUCUCCUGGAAAGAAAGAUGUUAUAAAUGGUCCACCCUCACGGCUGAUUAUAUAUCUGCAAAGUCGAUCAUUAGAGGGAAAGGACCAAUUUCGCAUUGUAAAAUGCCAGCGAGAUUCUAAUCAAGCGUUUCAGGUUUAUUCAUCAAUUGAGCUGGCAAGGACUACUUAUGGGCCAAGUGAUUCAAAGGCAAUGCUUAAAAGGAAAGUGACAAAACCAUAUUCACCAGUUGCUGAUGCAGCCAGCACUGAAGCAAUUUCUAAAGAUGGUGCUGGCGCCUGGUCACCUCAGCUGAUGCCGAUUUCGUCUUUUGGAAGCAGCGAGCAUUGAAGCAGAAAGUAGUUGCUUUAGUUACAUGUGGUUUUGCUAGGGUGGGUGCGAUUCACAAAUCGAAAAGUAUUUUGGUGAGAUACAUACAAAUCCUUCUUGUAUGUGUGGAAGAGUUGUGUUGUAAACUUGUAAUCGAAAUUUUUUAUGUAUAGCUUAUCUGAUCAUUCCUUCCCUUUAAUGGGCCUACAAAUGCUAGCUUAGUUCAAUGUGUUAAUUGACGGCAUUGUACACUAGUUUCCCAGUGUAAUACAUAAACCUCAGGUUUUGUUACAUGGCUUUAAUUAACGAAGAGCCAACUUGUAUAAGAAAUUUUGUUUCAUGGUCAAAUUAUUGUGGAUCUUUUAUGAUGUGGU